AUGGCCGCGUCGGUCUAUGGCAUUAUCUUGUCUCUUUCUAAAGCUCAGAAUGCUUUGCGAACAGCAUUAAGCCGCUCUUCCGAGAACGUGAGCGCCCAGAAGAGUCUACGGCGAUUGGCUGCCUCGAUGACGAUGCUCAGGGUCAUGUAUCUAGACCUUGAUCCGGACGAUCUCUCUUAUCGCAUAGGGGAUGAGCCAGCCACUCAUAUAUUCAGACUGAUUAGCGACAUUCGCCUGGCCGAACUAGACAAAAGUCUUACUUAUCCAAGUGACAACAAACUAUGGAAAAGGUAUUCCAAUCACGUGGAAGAAUUGACUGAAACGCUCCAAACGGCAAUGCAGCGACUCAGGGACAUUGAACAAACCUCCAUGUUGCGGCGUAUUGAGAGAAUUGUUGUCAGAUCUGAACAACUCCAUCUGGAACGGGAUGCGGAGUGCAACAAAACACAACAAGCGGUGGCAGAGAUCGGCCAAGCUCUAUCGCUAUUCAAGUUACAUGUGGUAACGGAUGGGAGAGCAUCGGAAAAUUCUAUACAGCAGGCGUUGGCCGAAAUCGGCGAAAAAUUGUCGAAAAUCAGCAGCUCAUUAUUUGUGGACGGAGAUACUUCAGAUCGAACGAUUGAAGAGCUUCGCACGGCACUACAAUCAGCCAUAGGCAGAUUCCAAGGGUGUGACCGGAACCGAGUCGUUUUCCCAUUCGUCAUACCAAAGCAAGGGGCCAAUGAUGUCAUAGCCAGAGUCAUACUCGACACCGGCGCCCAGGACAAUUGGAUCAAUACGAGAAUACUAGAAAGAGCGAACGUGACAUAUGAUGAGGUUGAAGGGGCGGGAAAUUACGUUGGGGCAGGAGGAUCGCACUUCACACCUCUUGGCCAGGCCCAACUGACAUGGUAUUCUGAGAAUCAAGCACUCAGCAAAGUCUCGUGCUUUCUGGUACACAGCGAUCUUCCAUGUGAUGUUAUCCUUGGCAGCAAGUACAUUUUGGCAAGUAUGGAUGACGUUCUGGAGCCGGUCCUACCUAUAAGGAACACCCACUUGACCAAAGGUGAGUCUUCUUCCGCACCAUAA